AUGGAAUCUCCGCCUUGGCAUAAUAUGUUUUCAUCGUUCUCUCGGUCAAUAGAAAAAGAUAGGUCAUGGCUGCCUCUGUUAGUUUGGAUUGUCGGUUUAUUAAUCGCCUUUAUCAUAAUACUAAUUUGCCAAAAGCGUGAACAAACUCCUACGGAAUCAGCACUUGAGACUCGCGAAAAUUCUCGUCAACCACAAGACAUCGAAACCGGACAUCUAACGCCGCCUCAGCUUAGGUCUCUGCCUCAACAAGACACGGAAACCGGAUAUAUGACGUGGAUCAACCAACUUUCGAUAGAAACGACCAUCUUGGAGUUUAAAGAUAUCAAGGAAGAAGGAUUUGAUGAGAUUUGUUGUUCAAUUUGUCUUGAAGAGUUUGAAGAUGGGCAUGAGAUUAUCUGUAUAAAGAAGUGUAGACAUGUUUUUCAUCCUCUUUGUAUUGAUUCUUGGCUGAAACAGAACCGAAGCUGUCCGAAUUGUCGAUGCUCCCUUAAUGCAAGAAAGAGGAAAGAGAUACGGUAG